UAACAAUUUGACACUGAAUUAUUUGUUUUGGAUUCAUUCAUGCAACUCGUCAGAUAUUAUAUUCUUAUGUUCAGAGCCCUCAGUGGCCGAAUAGCUUGUCCCUCAUUGCUGUGGAAUCGAAACCUUACUUAGGUUGUAGUUUUUCAUGACUUAUGGAAGGUCGGCGGUGUUCAGGGGGUUUCUUGGCGUCUUUUUUUAACCAUUAAAUACUGGAAUUUGUCCACAUCAUCCAACCAAAUAAAUUAUUACAAAUUUAACUGACCAGAAUUCUAAAACAAAUUUAACACACAAUGUUGUCAAGAUAAAGGUAACACAAGUAAUGCAAACACUAAAGAUAUAUACUAUAUGGGUUAAAAUACACGAGAAAAAAGAUAAAAAAACCUCUUAGCAUCUAUACAGAAUGUAAUUUGAUUCACAUUUCACCUAUCAUAUUACACAAUCUAUAUACAUGUAUGUAUUAUUAUGUUCCAGCAAUGUUACACGGAGCAAGUGGUGACAACUAGUGGAAAUAUUAUUUAUAACUCUGGCUGCCUUUCCAAAUCGCGUUGCUCUACUGUUGCGACAUCACUUGUUGGCAGAAGGUCGAUAACAAACAUGGUGGAUAAACGUUCAAGUGACCUUGUCACGUGCACAGAAUGUUGUACAGACGACUUCUGCAACAUGAAGGGGUGUGGAACGCAAGGAGUUCCAGCUGAACAACGUGGUCCGUAUUGCUACACGUGUGAUGCUCUAGACCCCAAAGAUUGCACUGAUGUAGACGUUUGUUCUAAAAACGAACUUUGCAUCAUGUACAAUCCUGGUGAGUUCCACGGCCUUCCUGAAACUAUUUACAGAGGUCAAUGUGAAACACGAGCAGCAUGCGAUGCGAUAGCACAUGCAUUUAGUAAUCACAGAUGUGCCCCCAUGUGUUGCAAUACAGAUUUUUGUAACGACCAUUGUGGAACCCCCCAGAAUUUUCCCAUGACAACACCUCAACCAGGCACUACAAAUGGAAACACAGAGAUGUCUACAAGUAAAACACAUCUGAGCAACACCUUUCAAUGCAAUAUUCGAAAUGGUUUUGUUCAUUUACAUAAUGCGCAAGCGCAGCUCUGUGUCUACAUUGCCGUUCAACAUAAACAUUCCUGGAAUGGCGCCCAAACAAUAUGCGAAAGUCAAGGAUGGAAUCUUGUGGUCCUGGAUACCCGUGACAAAGCCCUUUUAUUGAGUCAUGAACUUGAAAGUCAAUCUAAAUACAACCACGAAUUCUAUUGGAUAGGGGCAAAAGACUUCUUGAAAAAUAACCAUUUCUCAUGGGUGAAUGGUCAUGCAUUACUAAAAUCAGAGGCUAAUUGGGGCAGCACUGAACCUGACCAUUACCAUCACGGUGAAGACCAGGAUUGCGUUUCUAUGUUUAGAGAUAGUAGGCCACCAUUCCUUUGGCACGACAGAAAUUGUGAUGAUCGAGGAUAUUAUAUCUGUGAACGGAAAUAAAUUCGACCCGUUGGAUAAAAUACUUUUUUGUUUAUGAUACAAAGUUGCCCACUUCUACCACCAAAAAUCUGAAAAGUCGCUGUAUUUUGUGACUUAAUAACUUUACUAAACAAAACCAAUGUUAAGAUAUUUUUAUUAUAUUCGUUAAAGUAUAAAUUUCUCACAUAGUAAAGAUACAAUGUAUAGUAUAUUUUAUGGGCCACUUAAAUAAUUUUAAUCUAGAAAGAUGUGCGACUGUUCACACUAGAAUGUACCAUUUUAUUAAUUCAAUUAUGAUAGACACACAAUAUCAUAAAAUCGCAUUUUAGUUUAUAUAAUAAUAACACUGUCCUCUUUCUUAGCCAAAAAGGUAUAGAAGGCAUAUCUUAAUAUCUUAUAAUAUGCGCCGUGCCAUGAGAAAACCAACACAGUGGCUUUGCGACCAGCAUGGAUCCAGACCGCAGUCUGAUCAGGAUCCAUGCUGUUCGCUUUCAAAGCCUAAUUGAAUUAGACAAACUAAUAGCUAACAGCAUGGAUCUGGAUCCAUGCUGGUUGCAAACUCACUAUGUUGGUUUUUCCAUGGCGUAUGUACCAGUGAAAUCGUAUUGGUUGUAUGAUCUUAAUCAUCCUAAAGUGUGUCGUUGCGACGUUAAUCCAAGAAAACAAACAAACAUAAUCAUCAGAUUUUCUAGAGUGAGUAGUCAUGUUAAGGACUUAUUAUAUAAUAAAUGAACGUAAAAUAUAGAUACAGUUUACAUACAGAAGAUAUGCCAGACAGGCUUGUGCAACAUCUCUUUAUUGUUUCGGAAGCUGCCUGUUUAUUACGACUUAAGUCCGGUUUUGAACAUGGUAUAACCCAAAAUAUCGGUCUCUUUUUGUAGAUACAAUUUAAUCAAAAUAUGAUAAAAUCACGUGGCAUAAACUUGCUGACAUGUUCGACAGGUACAAAAGUAAACACGAUUAUUGAGAGACAUUCACAUUGUAUUAGAAUAAUUAACCUACUUAAUUUUGAAAGAAGUGCAAUAAUUUAUUUUCCCAAAACCUUAUUUUCUUUACAAAAAAUACUAAAAUAUCCUGUUAGACUAUACGAUUUAAUAGGCUGCGCAAAUAUUAUAUUAAUUUUCAGCUUGGGUUUCAUAUGUAAUAUUCAAUUAAGACGCUUUUACGACAAGAAUAAACGCAACACACUUUAUGAGAUUCUGUGUCAUGGAUAUUGUGUUCGCGUAUUUGGUGUUCAUCGUGUACAGUUGGACGCGCUUUUCUUUUCAAAUGAAUUUAUACGACAAGAAUGGUGGUAGACUUCAUGGCAGACAGGUCUGUGGUUGAGUUGAUCUGUCCUGUUUCGUCGAGCUCUUAAUGUCUCUUGAUUUAA